AAUUGACAUGCUUAUUGACAUUUGAAUUGUACCCAUGAACUUUAAACUAAUUUGUUGUAAAUACAUCUAUAGAAUUAAUUAGAAAUUAAAAAAAAAUGGUUAUGAAUAUAAUUCGCAACAGUCGAAUUUUACAGUUUUCUCGUUCUUGGUUUCCAGUUUUAAAAAUGUCCACUGUACAAGAACAGAAAAUCAAAGUCGGAGAUCAGACCAUUAACUAUGUAAAAUCAGGUGAAGGCCCGAAAGUCGUUUUCUGUUUACCGGGAGCUUUAGGAACAAUUUGGAGUGAUUUCAAACCACAAAUCGAAGGCCUAGAUAAAAGUAAAUUCACAAUUAUUGCUUGGGAUCCACCUGGGUACGGCCACAGUAGACCUCCAGAUCGUAAUUUCUGCACUACUUUUUAUGAAGAUGAUGCACAAUGUGCACAGGAAUUCAUGAAGAUGUUGGGAAUCGACAAAUAUUCAUUACUUGGUUGGAGUGAUGGUGGCAUUUCUGGGAUUAUUAUGGCAUCUAAAUACCCAGAUAAUGUGGAAAAAUUGGUUAUAUGGGGUGCUAGCUCCUACAUUAUUGCAGAAGAGGUAGAAACUUUCCAGAAAUUGAGAGAUGUAUCCAAGUGGUCUGAAAAAAUGAGAGCUCCUCUUGUGGCACUCUAUACAGAGAAGGGGCUGCAAGACAUGUUUGACAAAUGGUGUGAUGCUGUUACAGCUCUGUACAAUCAAAACAGCGGUGACUUGUGCAGUAGCUGCUUGGAGAAAAUCAAGUGCCCCACUUUUAUACUCCACGGUGAUAAAGAUCCUAUGGUAGCGUCUGAGCAUCCUGGAUUUCUGUUUUCCAAUAUCAAAAUGGCCAAGCAGUAUAGGUUUCCUGAAGGAAAACAUAACAUACAUCUGAAAUACUCGAAGAAAUUCAAUGAGAUGGUUACGGAUUUCCUUUUACUAUAAUAUUUCUUUCUACUUCUGGUGGUCUUAUAUAUUGAGUUGACGGAAGUUGAUAAUAUUGUCUGCUAUUGUCAAAUUUAUAAAAUUCAAGCAAAAAAAAAGUAAAAACGGGAGAUUUGUUUACCGAAAAAUAUAACGUUGGGUUAAAAACGUUUAUCUAUAUUACUUAGUGUAAGCAGAGAUUUGAAUAUUGUUCAACAGAAGGUGAAGAAGAAGGUUUUCAAAGUAGAAACUCGAUGAUUUUCUCAAAUUUUGAGCCUGCUGACAGAGAUGAAGAACAAGUUUAAAUAAAUCUUAAUUUCAUUCGAGUUCAAAUAAGAUAAGUCAUUGUAAUUUUUUAUUUUAGCAAUAGAAAAGUAUUUCCUCAAAAAUA